AUGGGGGAUUUUGCAGCCCCCGCUGCCGCCGCGAAUGGCAGCAGUAUCUGCAUCAACAAUAACCUGAACAGCAGCCUCAGCGGGGCCGGCGGGGCCGGUAUCGGGGUUAACAGCACUCCCCACGGCCCUCCUGCCGCUGCUCCCGGUAACAAUAACGCUAAUAGCGGCGGCAUUCCCAAGCACAGCACGGUGGUGGAGCGGCUGAGGCAGCGCAUCGAGGGCUGCCGGCGGCACCAUGUCAACUGCGAGAGCAGGUACCAGCAAGCCCAGGCGGAGCAGCUGGAGCUGGAGCGCAGGGACACGGUGAGCCUCUACCAGCGGACCCUGGAGCAGAGGGCCAAGAAAACGGGCACCGGCGGCGGCAGCAAGCAGCAGCACCAGAGCAAACAGCAGCAAGAUGCCGAGUCCGCCACGGCGGAGCAGAGGAACCACACGCUGAUCAUGAAUGGAGUUUGCGAUGGGAGCUUUUCUCCGACCAGCAAGCGGACACGGAAGGAUGUGCCAGGCAUUGAGGCAAUCAACAGCCUGCCCAAUAAUUUGCCUUUGCCCGCUGUUUCUCCUCUUCACCAGCUUGACAUGAAAGCUCCCCUGCCCCUGCAGAACAGCGGAACUCACAAUAGCGGUCUAGAAGACUUGGGUGAAAAUGGUGGGCUUUCCGAGAUAAAGCUCCCUGUUAAUGGCUGCAACGAGCUAGACGAUGGUUUUAACAUCCUGCAGAACAAGGAGCUAAAGCAAGAGCCUUUGGAUGACUCCAACUGCAUAGACACUUCUGAAACAUCUCUUUCAAAUCAGAACAAGCUCUUCUCAGACAUUAACCUGAACGAUCAGGAGUGGCAGGAGCUAAUAGAUGAACUGGCAAACACCGUUCCAGAGGAUGAUAUACAAGACCUGUUCAAUGAAGACUUUGAAGAGAAGAAGGAGCCAGAAUUUCCCAGGCCUGCCGCAGAGACUCAAGAGAGCGCGAGCGUGAAAAGUGAUCCAUCUCAUUCUCCAUUUGCUCAUGUUCCACUAGGGUCUCCCCAGGUGAGGCCGUCUUCGUCCGGUCCUCCAUUUUCCAACGUCUCCACAGCCUCCAGCAUAGCUUCUGUGUCCAGCGCCCCACCAGCCCCGGUCCCUGCCAGCUCACCAGCAAACUGUGUUGUUCAGUCACCUCAGACUCCCAGCCAGGCCCACACCCCAGGCCAGACGCAGGUGCGCUCUGGAAAUGGCUACCUUAUGAACCCAGCAGCAGCCACCGUGGCAGGACCGGGGCCUGGGCCAGUGAACAUGCCGAGCGCUGACUUGUCUCCAGCUGAGCAGCUCAAGCAGAUGGCAGCCCAGCAGCAGCAAAGAGCCAAGCUCAUGCAGCAGAAGCAGCAGCAGCAGCAUCCAAAUCAGCCCUCAAGCUGGUCACCUGUGGGCCCUCCAUCUAGUCCCUACGGAGGACCCUUCAGUGCAGACAAACCAAAUAGUCCAAUGAUGUAUCCUCAAGCCUUUAACAACCAAAACCCAAUAGUGCCUCCUAUGGCAAACAAUCCCCAGAAGACCACAAUUAAUAACUACCUCCCUCAAAAUCACAUGAACAUGAUCAGUCAGCAGCCAAAUAACCUGGUCACAAACUCCUUGAGCAAGCAGCCCAAUAUGCUUUCUUAUGGCAACACCAAACCUCUGACCCAUUUCAAUGCUGAGCUGAGUCAGAGGAUGACCCCACCGAUGGCAAAUCCCAGCAAGAACGCUAUGAUGCCAUACAUCCAGCAGCAGCAGUCCCAGCAGCCCCAAAUGCAGGCUCAGAUGGCGCACCUGAGCGAGGAACAGAAGCGCAUGCUCAUCAUGAAGCAGAAAGGAAUGAUGAAUCAGCCCAUGGCAUAUGCAGCACUUCCUGCCCUUGGUCAGGAGCACCAAGUGGGAUUGUCGCGCACCACAGGGCCGAUGCAGCCUUCUGUACCACCAGGCUCCAGUGUGGUCACGGGCACGAGCUCUGGGGGUCCCUUCCUGGGGAGCCAGCCUCAGGCAGCCAUCAUGAAGCAGAUGCUGAUAGAGCAGAGGGCCCAGCUCCACGUAAUAGAGCAGCAGAAACAGCAGUUUCUCCGAGAGCAAAGGCAGCAGCAGCAGCAGCAGAUCCUGGCAGAGCAGCAGUUGCAGCAGCAGUCACAUUUGCCUCGGCAGCAUCUGCAGCAACAGCGAAGCCCGUAUCCAGUGCAACAGGUCAACCAGUUCCAAGGUUCACCCCAGGACAUAGCAGCUGUGAGAAACCAAGCAGCGCUCCAGAACAUGAGGACGUCCCGAAUGAUGGCCCAGAACGCGAGCAUGAUGGCAAUGGGUCCCUCCCAGAACCCGAGCACGCUGCCCACGACUGCGGGCCAGUCGGAUUUGGGCAUGGCUCCUUACAGCAACGCUUCCUCCAGCCAGCCGGGAAUGUACAGUAUGAGCACAGGGAUGAGCCAAAUGUUGCAGCACCCAAACCAAAGCGGCAUAAACAUGGCACAUAACGCAAGCCAGGGGACAAGGCAGCCUGCCUCCGGACAAGCGGUGGGAAUGGUUGGCAGUUUUGGUCAGAACAUGCUGGUAAACUCUGCUCUUCCCCAGCAUCAGCAGCAGAUGAAAGGACCCGUGGGCCAGGUCUUACCAAGGCCGCAAGCACCACGACUUCAAAACCUGAUGGGGACUGUCCCUCAGGGAACGCAGAACUGGCAGCAGCGAGGCUUGCAAGGCAUACCUGGAAGGACUAGCGGUGAAAUGGGGCCCUUCAAUAACGGCACCACGUACACGAUGCAGCCUGGGCAGCCGCGGCUGUCCAAGCAACACUUCCCACAGGGGCUUAAUCAGACAGUUGUGGACACAAGUGGGACGGUAAGAGCCCUGAACCCGGCGCUGGGGAGACAGCUGCUGCAACCACUACCUGGGCAGCAGGCAGCCAGCCAGGCCAGGCCCAUGGUGAUGCCAGCAAUCAACCAAGGGGUCCCCACCAUGUCAGGCUUCAGCCAGCCCCCGACGCAGCAGAUGCCAGGUGGUAACUUUGCUCAGAGCGGCCAAGGCCAAGCAUACGAGAGGAAUCCCACUCAGGACAUACCUUACAACUACAGCAGUGAGGGAGCAGGGGGGUCAUUCUCCAGUUUAGCAGAGGGCGCAGACCUCGUGGACUCCAUCAUUAAGAGCGGACCAGGGGAUGAGUGGAUACAAGAACUUGAUGAGUUGUUUGGAAACCCCCAGUGAAUGGGCUUGUACAGUCUGGAGCUUUGGUUGUUACAUCUGAAAAAGAAAAGAGAGAGUUGGAUGUUCUCCCCAUCCCUGGAUGGUGGUUGUUGUUUUGUUUGAAUUGGUUUGGUUUGGGGUUGUUUUGUUUUCUUUUGUUUUCAGUUGUGCAAACUGAGCUGAUCUGUAGCCAACCUUGGAAGAUUCAGGGGACGAUGACAACAUUGGCAUCUCAAGGCAUUCUACCAGGCAACGUCUGCUGUGUGGCAUUGCCCACUCUGCGUCUGUGUGAGGCAGAGUGGGGAAACUGGAGAAGCCAGGCGAUGCCUCUGGUUGGGAAAAUUUGUUCUUUCUCCUCUUCCAAUGAGGUUUCGUUGCACAGUAGUAUGGGGUGGUCCCAGUGUCUCCCACCUGAUAAAACUGUGAACACUGCAGCUUUCAGGGGAGCAGAUGAAAAGCCUGGAGCAAAGCCCACAGAUGUCCAUGGGCAAUCGCACAAGCCCUGGUCAGAAAUGGGCUUCACCCCGGGGGUAGGCAGGUCUUGGUGAGCCAUGGCCAGGCCCAUGGGCCAGCUCUGGGCUGUCGUAAAGCAACGUGCAGCACUCACGUGACAAACCUAAACAAAUCAUAGAGAGGUCACCAUUUUCACUGCAGAGAGAUAAAACUCCAGUACGAGCGCAAGAGAACAUAAAUUUGUCAGUGUUGUGAGGACAGUUUGAUUAUGGGACUGCUGCUGGAGAGAGCUUAGGUGGGUGGGUUAACUUAAUGAGCUGCUUAGUCCCCUUGGGACUUGCAAUAGUGCUUCCCUGUCAGAGCACUUUGGCAUGUACCUGCUGCUUGGGGGUGUUGAAAGGGCUAAGAGGUACCAAGAGACAUCAGCAUAGGCCCUGAGCAAGUCCCUCCCUCUCCUUCCUUCCCAGUAUGUUCUCAGUUCACUUCCCUCCCCUCCUGUCCUUAAAUGUAAAGCAAGGUGAGCUGGCUGCAAUUUUUUUCGGGUGAGCCACAAAGGAGCAGGCAGGGGAUGAGAAAACAGGCAUGAGAAAAUGUACAGUGAGAGUCUGGCACACAGAUAGGAGUUUCUCUUCCUUACUUGAAAAGUGCAAGUUUAGCAGGUAGUAAAACCCCGGGGUGUCUGGGCUCUCAAUGGGCUAUGUUCAGUUUUAAAGAGAUCUUUGGUCUAAUCUCUCUGUUUUGCUGGAAUAAAACUCAAUGCAGCUUUUGAAGAACAGGAGACAGUGAAGGACUACUGUCAAGACCGUUCAUGAAUGGGUAAAAUAAUUGAUAUUACAAACAUGGGCUCUGCCCAACUAAGGUUUUAUGUGAUACCAAUGUAUCACUAUCUCCACUGCGUAGACCAGUGCUGACCAGCACUGUAAUGAAGUUGUGAUACAUCUCGCACAGUAUCAAGUCACCAGCCAUUCUGAAUGUGUAAAGCAGCAGAUCCCAAGCUGCAGUCAGAGGCUGAGGAAAGGUGUUCGCCCAAACCUCGAAUCUUUUUAGUGUUUUCAGCUGAGAGCUGCUUAUCAGGUUAUAUAUAUAGUGGUGCAUAAAAAAUGUUAAUGUGAUCCAGAGUCCAGAACUUUUGGCACCCUCUGACAUAGUGGUGGCCCUCACAGCCAUCAGCUGUGCUCUGCAGCAAAAGUGUUCAACUACCAGUGCCACCUCUCCAGCUACUGAUUACCUCCUUGUGUGCUGCUUCCCUUGGGCCCGGCAGUGGCAAGUGCUGAGCCGCUGAAAUCCACGGAGGCUGAGGGCACUGGCACUUUGCAGUUUCACAUCCUGCCUUUCCCCGUGGAGCACAGAUAUGCAUCACAAUAAAGAGUGGGAGCAAAUGGGCCUGGAACUAUCUCUGCGCCCCAUUGGGUUCCCGUUUGCACAGUAUCCCCUUGUAGGGCUUUCCUAGAGGAAGGGAAUUACCUGUUUUAAACGCUAUGCUAUCAGCAGGACAAGCUGCAUUUUUUAAUGUGCUCAAGGUGAGCUGUCAGUCCAGCUUGCUCCGGCUGCUAAAUUGUUUUAAAACAGCUUUAGGUGCAUCUCUUUUAGCUAACCCCUUUUUAAAGCAAAAGGACCAAUUCCAGUUCCUGUUGAAGACCAUCAAGGUUUGGCUGUCUCUUGCUUCAGCAAGGAGCCAGAUUGGGCCCUAAUUCAGUGUAAGGGAGCACCAGCCUACGUUUUUAGUCU